AUGCCUUCCACUUCGUCUGGGCGCAUCACAAAGUCCCAUAAGGGCAAGUAUUCAACUCCUCACCAAAAGAACCACCGGUGGGAGUCCUUCGCUGCCAAAAUCUCGAAACUCAACGCGCUCGAUCCCCUGCGAAAAGUCCGCCGACACGACCUCGAUGCCGAAGACCUCGAAUCCACGACCUCCUACUUCCGCAAUGGCCUUCAAAGAUGGGGAGAACUCAACAUCUCCAAGGGCUUCAACGACUUCAAGAGGCAAGCCUUGCCUGUGAGCGAGAGUCUGGCCCAGAUUUUGCACUUUGAGGAGAAGAUCUUCGGCUUGCUGGAGGAAUCGCUGGCGAAACAAGAGAAAGAGGCAUUGGAGCCGCUGCUGGAGCUCCUCACAGCGUUUGCGCAUGAUAUCGGCACACGCUUCGAGAAGUAUUAUGCAAAGUCUCUGGAUCUCAUCAUCGCCAUUGCGGGCAAGCCCCAGGACGCCGACGUUAUCGAAUGGACUUUCGCGGCCCUUGCCUUCCUCUUCAAGUACCUAUCGAGGCUCAUAGUGCCUAACUUGCGGCCAACUUACGAUGUCGUGGCGCCACUCCUGGGAAAGGCUCGCCAUCCCCCUCACAUUGCCCGUUUCGCCGCCGAAGCUAUGAGCUUUCUGAUCAAGAAGGCCGCUGCGCCAGCGAACCGAGAGACCGCUCUCGUCGCAAUUGUCAGCCACGCAAGAGACGACCUUCGGAGCAUGGUCGGUGAACGUCAAUUCCAACUAUACCAAGACGGUCUCAUGACCAUGUUCUCCGAGGCGAUCAAAGGCCCUGGUCAGACCAUCCACUCGACCGGCCCGGCCGUUCUUGCAGCUUUGAUGAAGGCGAUUCCCGAGACGGAAGCUGAUCUCACACCAACUACGACAUGGACUGAUCUCGUUUGCGGUGUUUUGACCAGCAUCACCCACCACUCCAACGACAAGGACCUCGCUCCUGUGCUUGAGGCGAUGCAAGAACAAGUGCAGGAGGCUUUGAGCGAUUCUAAGCCGAACAAGACAUGGAAGUUUGUCCCACAAGUCAGGGUGCUUGGCACGGCCGCCGGUGUCCGACACGGAUCUCGAAUCAGCAACUGGACUACCCUGGUGGAGAACCUUACCGCAAUGUUGGACUCGAUGGCACAGCACUCUCCCGAAGCGACGGAGGAUAAGCUGGGCCUUGUAUGGAAACAUGUGAUUGUCAACGCUGCAAUCGUCUGGCACCAAGCGCCGAUAGAUGCUUUGAUUCCCUCGAUCAAGGACUUCAUGACUGCUCUACAGAGGGAGCGCCUCAUGAGAUGGUACAUCCCCUUCUGUGCAUACUUCUCGAACCUCGACUCUACACGUUUCCGAAGUCUUUUCCAGACCUACUUCCAAAGAUUUAUUGUCAGCCACUGGUCUGACGGCAACAAUGAAGACAUGCUGUGUGUAUUCCUACCGCGUAUGGUCCAAAAUGGCAGUUUGCCUUCACCAGGAGGCAAGGAGACUUGCAAUCUUCCGCGCAGCUGGCAGGACCAGAUUGUGUCGAAGUUCGAACGUCUUGAGGCAUCUCCUUUCCCUGAACGUGGGGCGUACGAUAAGGACCCUCAGACAUGGCGCGACAGAUGUUUGCCAAAAUACUCGGCGCUGCUGGACUUGCUGUUCUCUACGACCGUUCACCCCUCGGCCAACGCCAAGAUCGCGGAACUUCUGCUUAGGAAGCUGAGGCUUGCGCUCAAGCCGUCCUCAACGCUGGCGUCCGACGAGGUGCAUUUCAGUAUCAGUCAAGGCUUCCAUGCCUAUCUGCGCAUGAGCAAAGCAGCAGGUCCAGUGGACCCUGCGUUGAACCCGCUUCUCCGGGCUGCUUUGCCCAGAUUCAGCCGCUCAGUAGGCUUUUUGGAGGCGUAUCUUACUUACACCGAGGCCACAAAAAGCCAACCCUCCCUUGCGGAUCGCCAUAACAGUGAUAGCAGCGAGGGCUCAACAGAAGAGGACCCGGUCGUUCAGGCGCUCAUUGAGAACCUUUCGGCUCCUUCUCAUGAUCUUCGCCUUGCAUCUCUGAGGAUUCUCCAACAAUUCGAGUCAACUCCGGACGAGCUCCAAUGCCACACCCUUAUGCUGGAUAUUGAACAUACAGCCAUGGACUUGUCCAGCCUCAGAAAUGUUGCCAUGCACCUUCGCAAGCUUGGUCAAAACUACUCACAGUUGAAAGAUAAUUCGUGGCUGAUAAAGGCGAUUCCCUCCUUCAUGUUCGGCAUGUUGACAAUCAAGCUGUCGCCCUUGUGGGAUGACACAAUCACCGCACUCAAGCUUGUUGGGGAGUCCAAGAAGGGCGAGGAGGCCAUCACUGCGACAGCCUUCAACUGGCUUGAAACACCCUCUCCCAGGUGGUCUGGGCCAGGUGGCCAGUCUACGCUCCAGAACCGUCAAGCGAUUACCGACUUUGACUGCCGACACGUGCAACAGCUUUGGGGCAUGGCUGAUCAUGUUGAGGAGGUGGUGAACAACGCCAUCGACCUUAUGCUCAAGUCAUUCGACGAGCAACAGCAAACUGUUGACGCUCACGCCAGUAAUGCACGUGCGCAGGCUCUGAAGGUCCUCACCGCGAUGCCUCACUUGGCGGAGAAGCGUUCUCGCAAGCUUGUACCGUCGUUCCUGGCCUGGGCCGCUGCCGACGAAGACUCCUCCGACAGCCAAGAGGACGAGGAAGUCCAGGCCAAGGGCGAAGACUGGUCGCUUCAGGAUCGUAAGGCGCUCAUUGGCGUCUUCGCUCUUUUCAUCAACCCCAAGGUGCUCUAUCAGAACGAGAGAGUUUACCGCGCACUUCUCCAUCUUAUGGAGAAUGGUGACGUAGAGGUCCAAAAGCUGGCUCUGAAAGCCAUUCUUGCAUGGAAGCAGGAUGGUGUACGACCUUACCAGGAAAAUUUGGAGUACCUCCUCGACGAGGCCAGAUUCAAGAAUGAAGUCACCGUUUUCCUCCAGGGAGAGUCGGCCAUCAGACCCGAGCACCGGGAAGAGUUGAUGCCCGUUCUCCUCAGGCUCUUGGCGUUGCUAGCGGCCGACAUGGCCUUCAAGCUACUCGUUUGA